CUCUCAGCUGAACGUCCCGGCUUCCCCCCUCUCUCUUCUCUGUUUUCAGUUAUGUUAUGUUUAGAUGAAAUGAAAUGUUCACUAGAAAAAAAUCAGAAGAACUUUAGGUUCAUGUUAUUAAAAUUAAAACCACAACUGAUCCAUCUUCUUGAACAGAAAAAUCAAGCAAAAUAAAUGAAAACUGGAAUACGGGAAUUUAAUUUUAAAUCAGGUAAGUUUUUUGAGUUCGCAAUUUUUGAAUAAAAAAAAAUUACCAAAAAACGAAAAUUGAAAUUGGUUUGUAAUUGGAGGUUUUGAAUCGAUUUGGGUGUAAUUUUUUUUUAGGUUUUUUGAUUUGCCUUAGAGGUUAGGUAAUUCCCAAACUUUUUAGAUUGAUUGAAUAAAUCAUGAUAUGCUGCAAAUUGGCAGUAACGAUGUUCGGAUAAAUUGUUGUUCGAACAAAACAAACUUCGUACUUACAGAAAGAAGUGAAUUAGGUUCAAAUGAGAGGGGAUUUUUUGGGUUUUUAAACUGCAAUCUAUGAAUCUAUGAUGAUGGUUUUAAUCUAUGAUGAUGUUGAUUACAAGUAUUUAAUUAUGUUAUCCUAUGAAAUGUUACUAUUGUGAUUAUUUGUUAGAUGGGAAAAUCCUUGAUCUUGAUUUCAUUUGUUGAUCAAAAAUUGGUCCCGUCAAUGUGUGAAUCACAGCUACAAGAUGAUAAAGAAGAUAGAAGAGAUUCCCAAGUUGAAAGGCGAGAAAAUUUUAGGUGGUUCCACUUUUUUUUUUGUCGUAUACACAGCUCAGAUUGCCACGUCAGGCAGUGCUGGGAAUAGAGCGGUGUUGAGAGUGCGGAAUAGCAAAACCGACUAUCUCAUGAUGAUUUCGAAUUAACUCUCAUCAAAUUAUUAUUUCGAAAAAACAGAGGGUUCAUGUUAAUGUUAAGAAGAAAGAAAAACGGACAAAAACACCGUUGUGUGUAUGGGGUGUGUCUGUUUCUCGACAGAUCUCCCUCUCUCUCUCUCUCCCUCUCUCUCUCUCUAAAAACACUGUCGUUAUCGCGAAAGAGAAUCAUGUGAGUCUAUGCAGAUAGAUCUCUCUUUCAUAAUACCCACAACAAGAUUUGAUUUAAACGGAUCCCAUGCUUUGUUUUUCAGCUCAGGUGACUUCCAUUACUCUCCUCCUAGCUUCAUUUUUAUCUUCUACGGUGAUAUUCUAGGGUUUUUGGCUUCAAGGUUUCUUCAUUUUUUAGCAUUUCUAGAUUUUUCAGCUGCAUUGUGCAUGUUUUCAAUUCUAUCAUAGUCCUUGAGCUAUUUGUUUGUGAGAAUUGUGAUUAUUGUUUCCUGGUUUUUGGAUCAAUCAAGAAUUUUUGGUUUUCAAAAGGAUGCAUGUUUGUUUGGUAUUCUUUGAAGAACAUGAGAUUCUUGAUAACUGGUGAUGUAUGAGUCGUUGUUAGUAUGAUGAGUUUUCUAUUUUUUCUCCGAGACAGUGUAAAAUGAUGCCGGUGAAUGUGUUUAUAUUCUGAUCAUGACUAGAGCUAUUAUACAUGGUAGAUUUGUCAAAGAUGAAAAUGAGGGUAUCAGUGACCAUCUUCGCAACCACGUACAUUUGACAAAUUGUAUUCACUUGAAGAACCAUAUGCAUAGACAAAGCCCUAUCUUGGCCGAAAGGUCGCUUAUGAGGGAUUUAAUUGUUCUUCAAAGAUCAAGGUCGCUUAGAGAUCCUUCUACUAGUCCUCCUUCAUGGCAUUCUCCUUCCAUUGUUGAAUCUAUGUCUAGGAAACUUGAAAAGGAAUCAGCAGAUGGGAGGAGAAGGUCUGUUGGUCAUGAAAGACGGAAGGAGGAAGCUAAAAGAUUGCCUGGGAAUUCACCAACUAUAGGGACAUCAAAAGUUGCUGCUGAAGAUGUAAUCAAGGGCGGUGUCAGCGGUGGUAGGUUUAGUUUUAGUGGUAGUCUGAAUGGAAUUCAAGAUGGGGGAGGGGAAAGUAAAGGAGAAGGGUCCAGUCAUAGAAGACGCAAAAGCGAACAAUCUGCUGGUGUAGAGGAGCCUCCGGUAGAUGGUCAGAAUUCUGUUCUGGUUACAGGGAAAGUAGAUGGAAAAGAGAAGAGGAUGGUUAGAAGAGGGAAGCAAAAUCAAAACGUCUAUCUGAAAACUCUUUCCGAACAGCUGAACGAGAUGUCUGUGGAUAGUGAUGUUGGACAAACUUCUCACGUUCACCAAGAUGGAAGAUGCAGGCGGCAUGAGAAAAUCAGUGAGGAACCAGAAGCAAGCAAUCGUAGUUAUCGCAAUGAGUUAAGCAGGGUGAAAAAGCGUAGGUUUCGUGGUGUGAGGAGACCUAGGACUUCUGCCGGAUCAAGAGAUUUUGGACUUCACAAUGAAUUGUCAGUCGCUUCUAAUUCAUUACCACACGGCUCGAACCAUCGGAGGCAUUAUGUGGAUGACGGAGAGGAAGAGAGAAGACAGACGAGCAUGGAUGUUUCUGGAGGUCCUAGAAAUGGUUGUGGGAUUCCCUGGAAUUGGUCUAGAAUUCAUCAUAGAGGUAAAACAUUUCUAGACCUGGCAGGUAGGAGUUUAUCAUGUGGGCUGUCUGAAUCCAGGUUAAGAAGAGAAGGCUCCCUUCCUGAAGGUAGGGAUGAUUUAGAUAUGGCUGUGGGAUCUGAAUCCUCAAGUCCGUCUGCUAAUUUUCAUGCUGAAGCAGCACCGUUGCUAGUUGAAAGAUCCGGAUCCCAGGGGAGCAGUGAUAAUCCUGCUUGGGUACAUGAUUACUCUGGCGAGCUAGGAAUAUUUGCUGAUCAUGGUUUAAAGCGUGACGCUGACUCUGACUUUGUUUCUGAAGCUAGAUCUGGUCACAAGACCUUGAGAGGAUCCCAUGGUAGACAUCAAAGUCUAACGCAAAAAUUCAUGCCUAGGACCUUCAGGGAUCUAGUGGGGCAGAACUUGGUAGCACAAGCUCUUUCAAACGCAGUUUUGAAGAGAAGAAUUGGUUUUCUAUAUGUGUUUUAUGGUCCUCAUGGCACUGGUAAAACUUCUUGUGCUCGAAUAUUUGCCAGAGCUUUGAUUUGCCAAGCUUCAGAGCAUCCAAAACCUUGCGGUGUCUGCAAUUCGUGCAUUGCACAUGAUCUGGGUAAGAGUAGAAAUGUGAGAGAGGUUGGCCCAGUUGGUAACUUCGACUUUGAGAGUAUUAUGGAUCUUCUUGAUAGUAUGAAUAUGUCCCAACUGCAAUCCCAGUAUCGAGUGUUCAUUUUCGAUGAUUGCGAUACCUUGCCUUCUGAUUCUUGGAAUGCUAUCUCAAAGGUCAUUGAUAGAGCACCUGGAUGUGUCGUUUUUAUCCUUAUCAGUGCAAAUCUUGAUCAUUUGCCCCACAUAAUCAUAUCCAGGUGCCAGAAAUUCUUUUUCCCAAAAUUGAAGGAUGCAGAUAUCAUCUAUACAUUGCAGUGGAUUGCAUCAAAAGAAGGCUUAGAAAUCGACAAGGACGCCCUAAAACUCAUUGCAUCAAGGUCAGAUGGAUCUUUAAGGGAUGCUGAGAUGACUCUUGAGCAGCUGAGUUUGCUUGGUCAGAGGAUCUCCGUUCCCCUAGUCCAGGAGCUUGUUGGUUUGAUCUCUGACGAGAAAUUGGUAGAUCUACUUGAUUUGGCAUUGUCAGCAGACACUGUGAACACUGUCAAAAAUUUAAGAGAGAUUAUGGAAGCCGGGGUAGACCCAUUGACAUUGAUGUCACAGCUUGCCACGGUAAUAACUGAUAUUCUCGCUGGAAGUUACAUAUUCACCAAGGAAAGGCUAAGGCGGAAGUUCUUUCGCCGACUAACAUUGUCCAAGGAAGAUAUGGAGAAACUGCGUCAAGCUCUAAAAACAUUGUCUGAAGCUGAAAAACAACUUAGAAUGUCAAAUGACAAAUUAACAUGGCUAACAGCUGCCUUGCUUCAACUUGCUCCUGAUAAGUUGUAUAUGUUACCUGGUUCUUCUGCUGAUACAAGUAUUACCCACAGUCCUUUGAGCCGAAGUAACCUUAAUGGGAGGGAUAUGACCGGGAGAUGUGCAGCUGAGCACGCUCAGACAUCUAACAGUGGUCUGGGCUUGUCUACCAGUACUAGGUUGCGAGAUUUCCAAGCUGGAAGUGGGUCUGAUUUUAAUCAUGACACUGCUAAGGUAAAUGGAAGUGUUACAGAUGGAAAGAAACAUGCUGUGACUCCUCAAAGGAAAUCCGAUGCAAGUAGGGGAAGUGCUGGGUAUACUUCUGGUAAAGACCGCAAAGAAAUAGAAGUUUGGUUGACUGUGCUUCAGAAGAUUGAUAUCGAUGCCCUAAGACAGUUCAUGCACCAAGAAGGAAGGCUGGUCUCUGUGAGCUAUGGUGCAGCUCCAACCGCACUGUUGAUGUUCAGCUCUCAUCUGAACAAGUCCAAGGCAGAGAGGUUCAGUGGGAGCAUCUUACAGGCGUUUGAAUCUGUUCUUCAGUCUCCUAUCACACUGGAGAUGAGAUGUGAACAAAGGAAAGAUGUGAGAGGGAAAUUACCAGCUUUUGAGGAUGGCUCUUCUCGAACGGUCACGCGCCAAGAGUCCCUUCCAAAUAAUAGUAUGAUCAGCAUCUCAAAAGCAGGGUAUGAAAGAGAUAAAGCUCUUAAAGGAGGUGGGUCUAGGCAUGUCCAUUUGUCGCCCUUGAAUCCCGUUGAGAUAUCAAAGAACGAAAUUGUUGAAAUAGAAGGUUCAUCGAGGGGGCCUGAGGGAACUGAACGUUCAGGAAACACCGAAAAGAUUAAAGGAAAAGGCUUGAAAAGUGGGUCGAGUGGAGAAACACCUCCAGCUAAUCAGAAAUCUACAUUGUGUUCGGUCCCAGAAGGGAGAAAAAUUAGAGAACAUCCUCAAAGCCAGAGUAUUGUAAAAAGCAAGGUAUCCUUGGCGCAUGUAAUUCAAGCAGAUGGAUCACAACGAAAUGGGUGGACAAGGCGUAAAGCUAUUUCAAUCGCUGAGAAGCUUGAACAAGAGAACUUGAGAUUGGAACCCAAAUCAAGAAGCUUACUUUGCUGGAAAGCAUCAAGAUUAACUCGAAGAAAGCUAUCACGUUUCCGAAUCAGGACGCGGAGACCGCGCUCCCUAUUGAAGCUCGUCCCCUGUGGUAGAUGUCUUUCUGCUAAAUCUCCUAGGCAAACAUAAUAGUAUCGUGAUUGUUUGUGCAUACCUACCAUUGGAAAUGAGAGUAAUGGAGUGCUGGAUGUGGCCAAGGAUUGCCUGCCCAUCUAUGGAUAAAAAGUUCUUUUUUAAUUGAUUUGGUUCGUGCAAGUAUGCAUGGCCAUACAUGAUAUCGGUUUGCUAUUACAUAUGCUAUUUAUAUUUCUAAGUCCCCAUUUUAUUGUGUCUAUCUGUACAUUCUCGAGAAUGUAAUUUGUUCUUACAUAUGUUGUUUGUAUUUCUAAACGCCUCAUUUUAUUGCACGUAAUGCUCACAACUUCUCUCUAGACCUAGCUGCUAUCAAGCUCCGUCUAUCUGUACAUUCCUGAGAAUGUGACGGGUGUACGAUUUGAGUUAGUGGUGUAAGUGCGGUAUCUUAUGGAUGAAGUUGUACUGCACAAUUAUGGAAAUUUUCGAACUUAGCGAUUUCCUUCUCAUAAUCAAUCUGCAUUGCCAUACUUUAUGCUGCACAGUUGUUCAUAAGGUAAGGAAAUGAUAAUCUCGGUCAUAUAGUACAGAGAUUGCUUCCCAAAGUUUUUGUGUUUUCCAGAGCGAUUCUGACUUCGUAUUGGCCGUGACGUCUGAAGUACAUACAGAGAUGUGGAUCCCUGUUCGGUUCAACUUAUUAAAGGAAGACACUGAUAUCUUGAUUUCAAGAAUGAUUUGUGUAGGUUUUGUUUAUCCUUCCUAUCACAUUUGAAACCAUGUUUGUUUACUUAUAUAUGUUAUUGGAUUUUUUUCAUGCACUUCAGAUAUAUUUUAUUUUCUGGUACAAAAUAUGUUGUUAUUGGUAGUGCUUUCUUGAUGUGGCAUUGGUUUUCUGCGAUAGAUUGAGAAUUCACUAGAUCAUGCCUGAAACCAUGACAAACCGUGUUCAGACUUCAAAAAUUCUCUGCAAGGAGCUGUGGUUGGAUACCACGUGUUUGACGAAUUGGUUGCAUUUAUGAGGGGGCAACUUAUUCUUUCGAUUUUUUUGAAAUCAUUCGCUUGUUGAUCCUGGCUAGAGUGAGUGUUUCCAUGCAAGAAGCUGUUGUUUCACUCUAUUGUAGAGUUUCUUUUGAUAAGCCUUAAAAAUUGAUUCGUUUGGCGAUUAAGAAGAAAAUGUCAUGCUAUGGAAAAUUUGUUAUGUCUAUGCAUAAAGUCGUUGUUAAUCAUAAGUAGCAAUUACUUGUUCUUCUCUUCUAUUCAUCACAUGUAAGUUGCACAUGAGAAAGUAGAUCCGAAGCAGAAGAAGUAAAUCAUGAAGAUGGAGUAAUUCAUCUCGUCGUUACUAAUUUACAGGUAGGUAUUAUUCUAUAAACAUUUAUUUAUCCAUUUCUAGUUUUUGAAAGUAGUCUAGGUGUACGUAUUACUCUGCAUUCUCAGGUAUAUCCAUGAUCAGAGAGAGCUGUGACAGAAACAAGAAUAUGAUUUAAGUGACCCGGGUCUCUUAAUAUCCUCCCAAAACACCCAUGUUAGGUGCCUGUUGUCGCCGCCACCACCACAGCUGCUUCUGCCGCCACUACCAUCUGCUCCGCUCUGUCGGUGUCACAACCCUUGCUACUACCACGCGUCAGCAGCAGCGGUAGUGAUGGUGGUGGUGGCUGUGGUGAAACAAAAAUGUCUUAAACUAGCUGAAAUUCUUUUGAGGGAGUCUGUUAAGAUUUUGUGCAAGAGAGAGCAGUUUGAGAAGCAUCAUGGAUGGACAAUAAAGAAAAUGGACAGUAUUAGUAAGACUGUUUAUUCUGAUUCACUCAAAUAUUUGAAGGGGUAAGAUCCCUUGACAUGCUUAGGUUGACAUAUCUUCACACUUUGGCAUUAUUCAUUUCAUGGCAUCCAAAUGAAGAUGAAUUACAAUUUAUUUAUUUUCAUAAAAUGUUCUUUUCAUUAUGUCUUACACUCUCACAGAAAAAAUUAGAGCAUUUCACUGUGUAU